AUGGAGAAAACACUGGAUGACUUGGCAUUGCUUUUGAAAGAUUUCGAUAAGGAAUUCCUCAAAAUGAUGGACAUAGAUUCACUUAACAAACCUUUCAAACGAGUGAUGUAUGAAGUAAAGAAAAAUUCGUCAUAUUGGCAUGAUGCUAUUAAAUAUCAAAAAGAAAUCUUCAAUUUAUCGAAGCACCUCAGAGAUCUACACCCAGAUGAAGAAGCAGAAAGUGAUCUUAGCCAAGCUGAAUUAGAUUUUGUUGAUUUACACGUAACAUUGAUGCCAAUAUAUGAUACAGUCAUCGAAAAACUUCGCAACGAAUGCAACCUUUGGAGAAAUUUCAGAUGCAAUACCACCGAAGAGACCGAUCAAACCACAUUGUCACAGAUAGAACAAGCAGAACAGAGAGCAUGGAAUACUGUUGGAAAUACUCUCUCAAAUUCUGAAGUUGGUGAGUUUACAUUCACUUUAUAUCACUUUUCUCGUCAUACCGCACCAAAGUCCAUUCAAUCACUCCAGUAUCAAAACAAAAGGUUGUCAGAAAUACAUCUCAACUAUAUGUGCAAUCACCCUUCAUACAAUCUUAUUGAAGCUCAUUGA